CACCUCGUGCGGCGGUGGCCCAACCAAAGGUCAGCCGGGGCGCUUGAGGCGGUGAGUCCUCGUCCUCGUCCGAUAUCGCAGCGGAACAAGGUCAUGGGCUUCCAGGUGGCUGCCGUGGCACCGCCGCCGUGCGCGCGCUCCUCCUCCGCCUUAUCGUCGCCCUCGACCUCCUCGCGGCCGUUGCCCGCCUUCCUCGGAGGCGGCGGCGGAUGCGCCGGGCUCGCGAGAUCCCGGGCACCCGUAAACUGGGGAACCGGCGUGAUGGUGCGGCGCCCGCGCCCGGCUCGGACGCCAGCGAGGUGCGCGCUGAGCGCGAGUUUGGAUGGGAUGGGUGGCGGGGACGCGGAGUUCAUGAAGAGGAUCGAGGAGCUCGCUGCGGCGGCUGGGGUGCAGCCGGCCGGCCCGGCGGGUUGCGGCUGGCCCGCGAGCGUGGAGCUGAGCGCGAGCAACGUCGGGCUGCCGCUGUCGCUGCGGAUGCUGAAGCGGAAAAAGCAGCAACAGCAGGCGCAGCUGCAUGCUGUAGCGCGUCCUUCACGCUGGGACGAUGGGCUGCUGGGCUCCGCCGGGGAGUCGGUGGGCCGCGCCUUCUCCUCCAUGGUGCUCAUCGUGCGGGAGCUGCAGAGCUUCGCGCUGCAGCAGAUGCGCGACGCGCUGCUCUGCGACGACCUGCAGGGCGUCCUGGCGCGUGUGCAGGGCGAGAUGCACGACUCCUUCGUCUGGCUCUUCCAGCAUAUCUUCGCGGGCACGCCGGCGUUCAUGGUCUCCCUCAUGCUCCUCCUCGCCAACUUCACCGUCCAAUCGAUGGGCCGCAGCGUCGCCGCUGCGGCCGCCACCAUCCCGCCUACUGCGCCUGCUGUCGCCCUUGUCAACGCCCAGCGCCCCGAGCCGUCACGUCCGCGGUUCGACGCGGCUUCGGUGAAGACGUUCUCCGUCGACCGGAUGGCCUCGGUCGGGGGGGACAUCGGCGGUGGCGGCAAGACCCCGCCUGUCGCGGGUGCCACCGGCGACGGCCGGUCGGACGAGUCCUUAUAUCGGCUAAGCCGUGUGUCGCCGCAGCAGCCGUCGGCACCCCCUGUGGCUGAGGUCGCCCAAGACGCUGCGGACGCGGACGAGCAGGCCAUUUGGGAAAUGAUGCUCGCGGAGGCCCUGAAGGCCAGCCCGCGCACCGAGGAGCUGAGCGAUCCGGACGUGCUCAGAAGCCUCGUCGCGCCGGUGGAGGCGGAGCUGGAGACCGAGGACCACGCCGAGCACACGCUGACGGAGCAGAGAUACGAGCAGGCCGUCGCCGCUGAGCCCAACAAUCCGCUCAUCCUCGCCAACUUCGCGCAGUUCCUCUACCUCGUGCAGAACGACCACGACCGGGCGGAGCACUACUUCGAGAGAGCAGUGCGCGCUGAGCCGGCGGACUCGGAGGCGCUGAGCCGGUACGCUACUUUCCUAUGGAAGGCGCGGAACGACCUCGCCGGCGCGGAGGACACCUACCAGGAGGCCAUCGCGGCCGAUCCCGGGAACGCCCACCACGCCGCGGCCUACGCGCACUUCCUCUGGAACACCGGAGCAUGCACGGGCACGGGGGCGGAGGCCACGCGGCGAGACGCCUAGACCACGACAUCACACCAUGGCCCGGGCGGUGGAGUGGAGCUGACACAUGAUAUCGUCCCCCUUUUUACUUAGUCUGAUUAGAAGAUUGCGUGCGUGCCGUGGGCAGUGGAGUGAGUUGUGAUCCAGGAGGACACGGUGGUGGUGGUGGUGGUGGUGUUUCUUCCCGCGCUCCGGGAACCGCGGCGGAGAAGGACGGGCCUCGGUCGUCGGGACCAACCGGCGGCCGGAAGGCAUGGACGGCUGGCUAUAGAAACGUGGUAGAGCGCAGAGUCGUCGAGGGCGACGAGGUGGCAUGGAUCAGGGAUGGGAUGUUCUAUGGAAUACUCUAGUGUAUAGCGACUCGCAUCAUGUAAUUAUGUACUAGAUGUGGAAAAAAUAACACCCGAAUAAGAAGUAUCCCGGUAAAGUACCG